AUGGCCGACUCUGGUGGGGGUUCGUCGGCAGCGCCGGCGGCGGGUCAGCCUGGAGAAAUGAGUAAAACAAACCUGGGGAAUGAGGCGCAGCGGUCGUCGUGGGCGGAGGUUGCUAAAGGGGGCCCGAGGCCUCCGGCUUGGACCCGUCACCGGAUCUCUCCCCGCGAUCUGGAAGCGGUGCAGAGCCGUUUCACUGAUGCGGUGGUGGUGCCAGAGGAGGAUCUGGAAGGUGUCCGGGCAGAGUGGAGGAACACGACAAUCCUGGUGAGGAGCUUGGGGCGGAACAUCCCGGUGGAUUGGGUGGUUAAGGAGGUGAGGCGAGUGGGGAAAAUGUCGUAUGAUGCUGAAGGUUUCAUGUUGGCGGACGGCUGCAGUGCCAUCCGUUUUGCCAAUGAAGAGGAUCGGGAGGCGGUGUUGAAGAAUGGUCCUUGGACGGUGGCUGGACAGCUGCUCGCCGUUGACCGGUGGCGGCCCAACUUCAUUCCGGGGUCCAGUGGCAUUGGGAGGGUCGUUGUAUGGCUCCGACUGCCCGGCUUGCCGUUGGACUACUGGAAGAAGGAGACGAUUUUCCGGAUAGCGGCGAGAGCUGGUAACCCACUGGAGCUAGAUGGUUUUACGGCGCAGGGGAAGCGGUAUGGGUUUGCCAGGGUGAAGAUCGAGCUAGACAUCUCAGAUCCGCUCACACCCGGGACUUUUGUGCAGGGUAGAUCGGAGGGGAGGGAUGAGAAGUUCUGGCAGGGAUUCAUGUAUGAAAGCUUACCUGCUCCGUGUCCCAGAUGCGGUCGGAUUGGACACUCGUCGGUGGUUUGCGAGUUCCCACUCCCGACGCCGAUGGGGAAGAACACUGGGGUGGAGGAGCCAGACCGAGGGGGAAAUGCUAAAGGGAAGGGCGCAGCAGAGGCUCCCCCGCAGGCGGAGAGGAAGGUCGAUGGAUCCGGUGAGGAAGGCUUCUUUGGUCCGUGGUUAGUCACCAACCGACUAGGCUUCCGAAAGGCAACCUCGGCGGCUCCCCGGAGGACGGAGAAGAAGGAUAGUGCGGCGAGGAAAAUCUCCUCGCCUAUCCCAAGCGGCGAGCUGGGGCGAACGGGUGACAGCUCGGUCCCUUCGGGCUCCCCGAUAGAUCUCGAAGGCUGGCAGAAACCCACGAAGGUAGCUCGCCGGAGGACGCCGGAGAAGGACGUCUCCGUAGCUGGAGCAGGUGCCGUGCCGGGUGUCCUGAGUCAACCCGGUUUGGAUUCGGGGUCGGGCGCCGAGUCCGGAUCCCGGCCGGAAUCAAGCCGGGCCGAAUUCGACUUGGACCGGGCCGAGGCGAGGCCUAAGUCAAGCCAUGGCCCGAGCCCAGGUGGGUCGGGCCCCAGUCCGAUGAAGAGGGCCAGGAGCCCGCCUGGGGAUCGAAAGCUUUUGGGCCCGAUGGUGGGUGCUCCCUCUCAAGCGGCCGGCCGGGCGACGCCCUCGACUACGAAGGCCGGACGGCCGAUGCUGACCGCCCGUCGGAGGAGCAAGAGCUCCCCCCCACCGUCUGCGGCAGCCCGUGGCCGGCCUCCUCGGGUGGUUGAUUCCAGGGGAGUUGCCGGCGCUUCACUGCGGGGGGGUGUGGCCACCGGACUGCGGCUGGCCCCGGCUCUCUCGGUGGCGGUAGGUGUGCCCGGAUCUGGGGAGUCGGUGGUGGCUGGGGAAGUGCCGGGGGUGACGGAACUGAGGCUCGGCGGUGCGGAGGACAGGUGCGGCGGUGGUUCGUUGAAGCCGGUCGCUUCUGUUGAUGGCUCCUCAUCCGACCCGUGCCAAAUGGCACGAACAGUGGACGGUUCCUCUCUUAAGGCGAAGGGGAAGACUUUGAGUGGGGAUUCGGGGGUGGCUGUGGAGAAGUUGGUCUCAGGGGGGAAGCAAGGUGAGCCAGCAGGAUUGGGCUCCGAGAAGAUGGCUUCAGCGUGCCAUAUGGCACAGGGGGAAUAG